CCAGUCAAAAACGCAUCAAUCAUGGCGCCCAAGAAGAAAUUGUUCGCAACUGUCAGCGACUACGCAUCAGGCACAGAAACCGAGACCGAAAUGCCUGAAUCCAGCGAGCCCAAGUUUAUCGCUUCAUACGGCACUGGCAAGAAACUUGGUAAAGCCUCCGCUUCGCCCAAGAAGACUGAGCCGCCAGCAAGCGGACGCUCGACACGCACCUCCUCAAGACAGCCACAGGCACGAGCUCCUCCGCCGACAGCAGCAACCUUAGUGUCCAAGUCCCCUGCCAAGUCACCCGUCAAGUCAUCCGUCAAGUCCCCCAUCAAGUCACCCGCCAAAAAGUCGCAGUCUCGAGCGCGCACCAGAGGCCAUCCUCUGGCUCCGCCGCCCGCUCCUGCCGAUCAGCCAAAGACCACGACCCGCCGUGCCCGUACCGUCUCGCCAGCCAAGCGUCUGAUCGCAGACUCUCCACCACCCGAGGACCGCAUGAACCCCUUCCCUCCCAAGCCUGAGCCUAUGACCGUCACCGACAAGCCCGCCGUUCGCAACCGCUACGGCGAAAAGGUCGUGGCUCCUGUCGAUAUCAAGCAAAAGAUGCGUCAAGCAAUCAACUUCCUGUCCGACGAUGGCGUCGAGAACCUGGCAGACUUUGAAGAGAAGCUGGAGAGGAUUGAGGCCUGGCUGGACAAGAAUCACCCCCAGAUGGAUGGCAUCAUCGCAGACGGCGAAGACGACACCGAGAUGCUCUGCCGUAGGGUUCGCUACAUGAUCUGGGUCCACCAGAACCGCAUCGAAGAGGGUGCCGAACAGUGGUUCACCCGCGACCAGUUCCCCAACAGCCAGUCCAUGUACAAGCCCGUCAAGCCCAGAAAGGGUGACCUAUGGCGUCUGCACGCAGACUUCACCACAACCGGCAAGCCCGUGAAUCCCAAGGAUCAGGUCAUGCAGGCCCAGGACAGGGACCGCUUCGUGGAGGCCCGCGCCGAAAAGACUGCUGCCGCCAAAGCCAGUCCAAAGAAGACGGUUGCUGCUGCCGCUGCUGCUGCUCCCAGACGACCCGAGCUGCCUCACCCAGAGAUCUGGCACCGCAAGGAGGCUGCGCGCUUCCCCUACGGCGAGACUCCCUACAUGGAGCAAGUCAUGAGCAGACAGAUAACAGCUGAUCUGGCUCGUGGCAGAGAAGCCAAAGACGCCCUUGAAGGCGGCAACUACUACGCUCUCAAGAAAGUUCUCGGAGACAUCAAGAACUACAUCCUCCCUGCAGCCCCACCUGCAGCUCCCUUUGACCCCUGGAAACUGUCUCAAGUCGCCUACGAGGACGUUCUGGAUGCCGAUCAGUGGAUGAACGUCCUCAGCAAGAAGGAGACGACUGGCACCAAGAGAAAGGCUGCAUCCAGUAGAAGCCGCUCGCCUGCCAAGCGUACCAAGAGUGACAAUUGGCCUCUGACGGGUUGA